UUGCCCUUCGUUGUGUUUUCGUUUUUGUAAAAUUCGAAUUUUCACGAAUAUUUUUUUCUGUUGUCCCUGUGAUGUGUUGUUGAGUUACUCAGGAUGGGAGAACAGCGUUGGACAUAGCCAGGCAAGAGAAACGUGAGGGAUGUGUGCAGUUGCUGCUGGAGCACGAGAGUGCGAAGAACGAAAUGAAGAAAGAGGAACUUCGAACUGCUGCUGUCGCUGAGGACAUCAUUGGUGGUAAGGACGAGGCCAGCGUGGUACGCGUGCGUAUGUACCUUGUCGGCAAGUACGCCACGGGAAAGUCCAGCUUUGUCCGGGCACUGCUCGGUGAAGAGUUCAUUGAAAACGCGGACAGCACCGACUCCAUUUCCAUCCAUCGAUCCAGACUCAGAAUGCAUCUCUCCUCUCAAACCGCCACAGGCACACAAGAGGCAGCACAAGUUCUUGUGGAUGACAGUGAACAUAGUUUCUUUGCCAAUCUACUCACAGCUCGCAUCCGAUCAUCUGUAGAACUGGUCCAGAAAAUCAAGGAACUUCCGCAAGAAUCGAUCUUGUCCAAAGUCCAGACACUAUUCACUUCAUGGCUCACUUCGUCAUCUACUGCCUCCGCUACCGGCACCAGAGCAUCUCCUGCAUCCGCUGUCAACAAUGAGUUUGCCAAUGUUCCCCACGCUAAUGACCUGACCAAAGUGGCACCAGAUGUUAUCUCUCAAGUUCGCUCAUCUGUCAGCAAUGUUGAUAGCAGUUCAAAUGAAGCCGAAGCAGCAUAUGCGUUUGUUGAGCUGUGGGACAUGGGUGGACAGAUGCCGAUGUUGGUACAACAAAGCAUCUCGUUUUCAGUUUGUGACAGCGUGUACAUUGUGACUCUUGACAUGAGGUGUGACCUGGAUGAGGAGGUAACGGAAGACGUAUACCGCUUUGAUGGUCAGGAGAUUGUAACUUCUACACCGUUGCCAGGAAUGACGCAGGCUGACUACCUUCACAUGUGUCUGUCACUGAUUGCUUUGCAGCAUAGAGCAGACACACACACUGACCAGCAUCACCACCAGCAGCAGCAUCAGCAACAGCAGCAGCAACAGCAGCAUCAGCAGCAGCAGCAACAGCAGCAUCAGCCAGACACAGAGACGGGUAAGACCAGUAGCAGCAAUAGCAGCCACCAUCAUGAUGAGAGUAGCACAGCCAUCAUGGUUGUUGUUACACAUGUGGAUCUUGUCGACGACGACCAAAUAGAGAAGAAGACGGACAUGUUCUUCAAUGCCGUGUCCAAGCUGGCUGAAAGGGCCGGACCCAACGUCAAGGUCUGUGGACCCUUCUUUGUUGACAAUCACCGUCUUCAAGAUCGCGUAUCUCGCCACAGCCAGCUUGCUGAAGCACAGCAAGAGCUCUCUAGAAUUGUGUCUGCCUUUCCUGUCCGAGGAAUUCCCUUGAUGCAGGUGAAGAUAGAAGAAGCUAUUUCUCUUCACCAAAAGGAAAUGCUGCGCUAUGCAGAGGCUGGAUGCAGUGAUGAUGCAAUGCAAGCUACCAGUAGUGAUCAGCAGCAGCAGCAGCAGCGGCAGCAGCAGAGUUUUGUUAGUAUGGACUACCCACAGUUUGUAGACUUUUGUCGGCAUGUUAGCGGCAAAGAUCUCACCACUGCACAAGUGUCUGAUCUACUGCACCACCUUCAGCAACAUGGCACAGUGGUUUGCUGUGACUGCCCGCAUCCACUCACUUCAAGUGUCAUUUUCCUGGAACCCCAGCAGCUAUUACUCAACUUUGUACGCUUGAUGACCUUCCCUCUUAAGGAGACAGCUUUUCCAAGCACCUCAGCAACAUUAGUCAGAGAAGUGCAACACUUUCGACGUACGGGAAUUGCCAGCGCGAGGUUGAUAGAGAAAGUUUGGUAUCCUCUCAGCCGUGUUGUCCAGCUAGCUCUCUGUAAAUCAAUGUGUUACUUCAACUUGGCAGCAGAACUUCAGCCCGCCAGCAGUGCAGCCACCAGCAGUACAGCCACCAGCAGUACAGCCACCAGCAGUACAGCCACCAGCAGAACAGCCACCAGCAGUACAGCCACCAGCAGUACAGCCACCAGCAGUACAGCCACCAGCAGUACAGCCACCAGCAGUACAGCCACCAGCAGUACAGCCACCAGCACCAGAGGGUGUGGCAGUAGAGUCGGCGGCAGCAGCAACAGCAGCAGCAUCAGCGGACAAGACAGAUGUCCCGUUGUCACGUCAGGCCUACCCGACCUCUUCAUCCCGUUCUGUUGCAACCAGGAAGCAUUACGGUUGGUUUUGGAGGAUGAUGUUCCCUUUAAGCUACCGUUUAUCCACCUCAGUUUCCCUGGGAUGCUGUUUCCUCCACCACUGUUCGGUCGCUUAGUCACCUACGUAAUUCAUCGUAUGAAGAAAGAGUCAGCCAGUCUUCGGUUCACAUCCAGUGCGGCAUCACUGAAUUUGGAAGUUGGUUAUGGUCAAGUAUGCCUCUGCUGGACACCGACAGGUGUUCGCUUAGAAUGCGCUGC